ACGUCUGCUCCCCCUGCAGGUCGCUGAGCUUUCUGCUUACCAAGUUCCGCUCAUUCUGGCCAAUCGAGUGGCGCGGUGCUUCAGCACCAUUGCAGUGUGGAGAGAUCAUACGGAGGUGUAGCUCGCUGAGAGAGGGAACAUUUGGAGGAAAGAUACUCGACCUGGGUGACCGCUCUGGGAAAACACCAACCCUACUUCCCCGAUACAGUCACCGCGUGACAUUGCCAUUAGCAGCUUCAGUACGGAUGAGCGUCGGUGAUUGACAGAUGUGUGACGCUGUGGGGAACCAUUCGCUUCUCCCAGUGGAGAUCUGAGUUCUGGGACACUGAGGCAGCCGGGGGGGGGGUCUCUGAGGAAGAUGCUGGGUCCAGAGCGCAGUGUUGUCGAAGAAUGGCUCUCAGAAUUCAAGUCCCUACCAGAAAACCGCAUCCCCAGCUACGCCGGCAGCCUUCAUCUGAAGAAGUCCCUGGUGUUGGCCCUCUACAGAGUCAUCCAGGACCCCAACAAUGAGCUGAUGGAGCCGGUGUGCCACCAGCUGUUCGAGCUGUACCGGAGCUCUGAGGACCGCCUGCGCCGCUUCACCCUGCAGUUCCUCCCCGAGCUGGUGUGGGUCUAUCUGCGCAUCACGGCGAGCCGGGACCGCCAGAGCAACGGCUGCAUCGAGGCCCUCCUCCUGGGCAUCUAUAACCUGGAGAUCGUUGACAAAGAGGGCAACAGCAGGCUUCUCUCCUUCACAAUCCCAUCUCUGUCCAAACCAUCGAUUUACCAUGAGCCUUCUAGCCUGGGGCCCAUGGCAUUAACAGAGGGGGCCCUCUGUCAACAUGAUCUGAUCCGAGUGGUGUACAGCGGCCUCCACCCGCAGAGAGAGACCUUCACCGCUCAGAACAGGUUUGAAGUGCUGUGUUUCCUCAUGCUCUGCUACAACUCUGCUGUGGUGUACAUGCCUCUGUCCUCCUACCAGUCUGUCUGCAGGAUGAGCUCACGGCUGUGUGUGUGUGGGUUCCCCCGGCAACAGAAGAAGCUUUGGAGGGAACCGUGCAACCGCGUGCUGCUCGACCCGGAGUUCAUGGUGCAGAUGCUGACCGCCAUUUAUCACGCCAUAUAUAAUGGAGAGUGGGAGAUGGGCCGGGAAGCUCUGGAGGACGUUCUGUACCGAGCCCAGCUGGAGCUUUACUCCCAGCCUCUGUUGCUGGCGAACGCCAUGAAGAACUCGCUGCCAGACAGCGCUCCCGAUGAGCCACGGGGGCGCAAGGUGCUCCAGGUGGAGGUGACACCCACCAUCAACCGCAUCUCCAUGUCAGCCAUCACCACCGCCUCCAUACGACGCCACCGCUGGAAGAGAGAGGAUUGUUUUGACGACUCAGCCGCUGCAGAGUUGAGCCACAUCGUCAAUCCUCCUAGCUACAACAAGCACCACCACCGGCAUCAGCAUCAGCACACUCCCCGGGACCCCGCAACCAAAGAGGAGAGAGAAGGGCGGCCUCACAGCCACCACAGCAGCAGCAGCGGCAUCAUUCCCCCCAUCACAUUUGAGGAUGCUGAUGGAUUGAGCGGCGGGGAAGAUUCCUUCAAUGUCAACGACCCAGACGAGGGUUUCUCCUCCGGAGCGUCCAACAGCAGCCAGCCCAGCGGCACCAAGGCGGGCGUCGGGCAGAGGGGGGGCAGCCUGAACAGCAGCAGCAGCAGCAUCAAGAAAGCCAUCACGGCCCGGCUGUCCCGGGACAAGGAGAGGGAGCGUGAGAAGGAACGGGAGAAGGAGCGUGAGAAGGAACGGGAGAGGGAGCGAGAGAGGGAGGCAGAGAGGGAGCGAGAGAGGGAGGCAGAGAGGGAGCGAGAGAGGGAGCGAGAGAGGGAGGCAGAAAAACAGGCAGAGUUGUCAGCGGAUCACCAGGCUGCCGUGCUGAGGCACCAACAGAGGCAGCCGUCGCCCCCAGCCAGCAUCCAAUUGGAUGCCAUCCAGCUGAGCCCCAGAAAGAAGCACCUGAGCUUCCCAGCGGGGCCCACGCUGGUGCGGACUGGCAGCACCUCCUCCAGCAAGUCCUUUGACUGCAUGAAUUUCAACCUGAACGGAGGGGAUGGCGAGCGAGAGGAGGCGGCGGGGGGCUCUGACAGAGAGCAAGGGCUUCCAGAGGGCGGCGCCCACCGCCACUCCACCAUCAGCCUGAAGGAGGAGCACCUCGUCAGGCCAGAGGACGCCCAGGACCUCCUGUCCACUGGAGCGCCUCUGACCAAGCAGUCCCGCUCCCCCAGUUUCAACAUGCAGAUCAUAUCACAGGUCUAACAUGUAGUGCAGGGCAUGACACACACAUACACACACACACACACACACACACACACAUACACAUACACAUACACAUACACAUACACACACACACAAAAUACCUGCUCAUAACACUCAUCCUCAUGCAGUUUUUCUCUGCAACUCUUUCCAACCCUACUGUGACAACUUCUGUCUACCUAUCUGUGUGUGUGUGUGUGUGUGUGUGUGUGUGUGUGUGUGCUCAAGAGUUGUGUCUCCACCUCCAUUACAAUUGUGACCUGCAGUUGCUGUUGGUGGGUUUAGCGUGACUGAAAAUGCAACAAUAGAAAAGUAGUAAACGUCGACUGCUGUAACUACAGUCCGGCAUGUCACUGCAUCCUCCCGUCUGACCAAUCAUUCCACACAGAAACUCCCAGAAACCAGGAAACGAGAGAAAACACGCUAAGGAUGCCAAGCUAGCUGUAGAAGAUAAAUAUGGAAAUCAGAUUAUUUUGAGUUUCUGACAGAAUCCGACAAAAAUGAAUCAGCAAUAACACUUAGAGUCGCUCAUGUGGAGAAGAGGGAUUAGUGCUCUUUCUCUUCAUUCCUUCCCUUUCAUUCCCGGGCUCACGUGCAAUCGUUCUUGCUGAUUAUCUUCCUUGUUAAAUGCUGUUUUUUUUAAAUAAUAAGGCAAAAAUGGUUUUAUUGAUUAAGAAACCUUUUAAAAUGUUUUUUUUUUUAAAAUCACAAUCCAAAGAAGAAACCAUUUGUUUUGCUUUUGUUUGACAAUGAUUUGAUGGAAAUCAGUCAGACCCAAGUGAUUCUCCAGUUUUCAUCCCAUGAACUUCCUUUUUAAUUUGUAAUUCGAAUAUUCUCAGUUUACCUUUUGUUGUAACCAAAAACUGGAAAGUGGUAAAGGUUUGUCUUGCCCCAAGCUUUUAACUGGACAAAUCUGAAGAAACACUACGUGCAGCUACAAGAAGAAAGCAACUUGUGACUUAAAUUGAAAAUCAGAAGCUGAAUCUUGUGGAAGAACUGGAUGAAAACAUUGUGCAGUGACAGUGCAGGUUUGAGACUGAAGCUAAGAGACACCAGCUGUAUUUAAUAUGGGAUUAUUAUGAUGGUCCAAACCAUUUAAUGGGUCCUUCCAUUUCAAAGCUCUUGUAGGUGUUUGGCCUGUGUGUGGUGUCUCGGUGACGUACUGCCCUCUGGAGGCUUGCACGAGUCGCUGCGCAUCAUCAGCAGUCACCAUGACGAUUACGUUUUGUGCUCUGAUUGGAUGCUCAUGAAACAUUUUGUUCUACCUCAUUGUGUGUUCACCCUGCCACCAGACACCUGUCUCCCAAUCAGAUGCACGAUGAAAAGGUUUGAACGUUUAGGUUGGAGUAAAUAGUGGGGACCAAACUGGCUCACACUGAAAAAAGACACUGUCAAAUCUUUGUCCAUGAAAGGAGUUGUGGAAAUCUCAGCUUUGCAUUUCAGUUCAGUCGCACCAUGCACAGCACGUAGCUGCAAAACACAACUGUCUUCAGGUUUUUUGUUAUAUAUCAAACACCCACAUCAGGAAUAACCUGAGUAUUUGAAUUCCCUAGAAAUGUCCUCCUUUUUCAAUUUUCUUUAUGUAAAAGUGCACUUUUUUUUAAUCCUCAUGUGCAUGGAGUUGGAUCUUCUCUGCUGUUAAAUGCCUGCAUCUGCGCACAGUGCUAGCUAGCCUUCUGUAGUGCUCCCUGCCAGGCUGAGUGAUUUGAACACGGCGUGCUUGUCUGCAUGUUUAGUGCCCUGCAAAGCACUGCUGUUUCAGAUGCGAGAAACAGCCAGCGAGCCAAACCCAAGUCUUGUCCCUGUCUUUGCCAGAUGUGCCAAUACACAUCCUCUCCUUAAGGAAAUUAUGCUUUGCUUGUCUUAAUUUAAAAACUAUUGCCUAUUCUUUUAUUGUUUACUUGUCCUAUUUCAAAGCUUAUGGAUAAAAAAAGGGCGUUUGGCUCAACAUGCCCUGAGAUGCAGCUUCACCUUUUUUGCCAUGGGUUUCCUCUUCACUCAUCGAAGGUGUGUGCGUCACACUGCACUCUCACUGUCAUCACUAUUUGCUGUUCACAUGUAAAAGCAUUAUAUUAUGCGUCUGUGUGCCGUAGAUGUCAGCUGUUGUAUUGCAUUUUCCCCCAUGUCUUGCGCACGUGCUUGUUUAAAAUGAGGAUGAAUGAUUAAUGUAUAUAAAAGUCAGUUCAGUCUGCAGUGAAAAACCCCACACACUCAUGCCCCCACUGUGCUGGAAGACCUCCACAGCUGCUGCUCCUAGUCCAGAGUGAGUCUUGUGUGCGCUUUGGCCUUAUACAUUUCAGGCCAAAGAGCCUUGAUGGUGGGCUCUUUGGCCUCACAUGCUCCUCCUGUGGACUGUGGAGGAUGAAGAGGAGUGCAGAUACAGUUCACACUCCCCCGGUCUGUCUGCUGUCAUCCCUGUGCUGUGAGGCUCUCAACAAGCCGUGUUCCCAUUUGCUGUAUUUUGCCGUGAGUUGAGUGGCACCUUUUUUGCUGUUUUUAAAACUGGUGACGUGGUCAUGUCAUUAAUAUGAGUGCCCCUUACCGAGGUUACCAGCAGCAAUGUUGGUACUGUUUGUCGAUUUACUGUAGAGUUACGGAUAGAUGAAUAUCCUUAUGUUUCUGGUGUUAUUUGCAUGUGAUCAGGUCAGGAAAUGAACACUAGCUGGUGAAUAUUAAUACAACUUGACUGAGGCUGGACAUUUUAUUCAUUUUGGUUGAAUAAUAACCCCAGAAAGGUCCACUUACAUUUCAAAAAAAGUCUUAAAAGGUUCAAUCUGUACUUGUCAGCCACUGUGAAGAGAGUUCAUUUCCUGUCCUGCAUGUGAUAACUGUGGGCUUUGUUUUCAUAAAGUUGAAUGCACUUUAAUCCAUCCACCUCUCUCCUCAGAUAGUUAUUGAAAUGAUAUAUAUAGAUGUGCAAAAUGUGUAUACACUCAAUGCAGGGUUUUAGUCUCUUUAAAGUAGUACUUCUAUGUGAUGUCACAUUCAACACAAUGCUAUUUUUGUUAGAGUCUAAGGGUACAGCUAUUUAUUAUUGUUUCUUUUCAAAACCAAAAAAAAAUGUAACGGGGGUCUGGAAGGUCUCAGGAGAUUAUCAAAAAGCCACAUUUUAAAAAUGGCAGCACCAACAUUUCUGUUCUUGAAGUCGGAAUUGAUUCUAUGCAACAUUUUUUCCCCCUUUUUUCACUUUUUUGUUUUGUUUUUGGUGUUACCGGCUGUCACUGAUCCGUGUUGGGUGGUACAGGGCAGAGGCACUUAAGCUGAUUUUUCAAGGAGAAAGUCCUCAACAGCGUUCUGUGUUUUUACCCUGUUGUGGCGCUUCAGAGCGCAGGACCUCUUGUGGGUGAAAUAAGAGGACCAUCCAUUUGUCAUCUGACUGCCCUUGCAGACAGAAAGCCACAUCAUCGGGACUUUUUGGUGCAUGUCGAGCCCUUCUGUCAGUUUGCUGCUCUGUGGCUCAAAGACGUCAGCUGGUGUUUGAAAUCUAAACAGAUUAUCAAAAAUGAAUCUAAUCUAGAUGCUUCGAGGGAAGCUGCUGGACGAUGUGAUAACACUGUACUAUUGAUGUUGUAUAAAUGGAGAGAAAGACUUAUUUUAAAUCUUGUAAAUAGAAAAUGUACAAAGGUGAAAGCAAGAUAAAUAUAAAAAACUGAAGAUCAUUCUGAGAUGUAGAGAGAAAUUAAUCUGUAUAUUGUUGAAUAAAUAUUGUGCCGUAAAGGAUA